AAGAAAGCGAUCGGCCGAGGACGACGCGAAAGCGCGGAUCUUCUCGCGUCACAUCGACGGUGUCUUCAGGGACGAGCACAGUGCACUGGUAGACGUUACUCCUCGCGCAUCGGCAGCGACACACUUCCGAGAGAUGUUCGCGAGAGUCUCGUGGAUCGUCGCGACUACGCUCGCACUGCUCUGCAUUUGCGUCCACGCUCAACAACCUGCGCCGAUCGUUUCGCAACUUUGCUUGGGCUGCAUAUGCGAAGUUACGUCGGGAUGUAACACCACCAUCGGCUGCUCCGAAGCGGUAUGCGGGCCCUUUGCCAUAACGUGGGGCUACUGGUCCGACGCUGGCAAACCGACCCUGAACGGCGAGCCGCUCGGUGACCAAUCUUACAGCCGGUGUACCAACGAUCCUUAUUGCGCUGCGACUGCGGUACAAGGAUACAUGGCCAAAUUCGGACAGGACUGCACCGGAAAUGGAGUGAUCGAUUGUGACGAUUACCUGCGUAUUCAUCGAUUGGGUGGAUACGGUUGCACCGGGCCGUUAGAUAAUAAAUAUGAGAAUAAAUACAAGCUGUGUAUGCAAACCUUCGGGCAUCAGUAAUGCGUGCGAUCGUGUCUGAACUUCAUGACAUUCCGUUAAUUAUAGCAGCGUACGUAUGUACGAAUAUCUGAAGUGAAGAUGUACAGCGUGUCUUUAUCACAGAUUUGGGACAUAGCCGUUAAUUUGUACCACGCAGCGCAAGAAUGUCUUUAGUUUCACUUACUGUACAAUAUGAUUUUUGGUAAAUAAAUUUACAAGAAAUGUACAAUUUUGUAGUACAUUUAUAUAAAACUA